AUGUGGAGGAAAUUGCUCUGUUUUAGCGCCGUGCUCGUGUCGACCGCCAGCGCUGGUCUGCUCCGCUCUACGGGCACUUCGAGAACACAUCGAGCCGACGAUGGCCUGGGGAACUAUCAAUUCGGUUACGAUGAGGUUCACUCGACCGGUGGCUCUUUCCGGCGCGAGGCGGGAAACGCUGUCGGGGCCAAAGUCGGCUCGUACGGACUCCGAGACAUCGACGGACGCUAUCGUAUUGUGAAUUAUGUUGCCGAUGCGGCGGGAUUCCGCGCUCAGGUGUCCACGAACGAGCCCGGGACCGCUCCCUCUCUGACGGGCGCUGCGUCGUAUAACGUCGCCCCGGUCUCUCGUCUUGCUAGCGUUGCGAGUCCUAUUUACGGGGUCCGUGUCGCGAGUCUCGCCGCGCCUGCAGUAGCUCCCGCUGCCGCCUUCAGUGCUCCUGUUUAUUCAGCUCCCGCGAGACUUGCAGCUCCUAUCACCUACGGAGCACGAGUACCUGUUGCACCCAGGAUUGCCUACGCUGCUCCUGCCGCCAUCAGGACAACGGCAGCGGCUCCUAUCGCUUCGUAUGCAGCUCCUGCGACCGCUUACGCUGCUCCUGUAGCCAAGAUCGCCGCUCUAGCUCCGGGUUACGCCACCCGUAUCGCUGCUCCCGCCGUACAGACCUACGCUCCCAUCACAUCCUACGCGGCUCCGCUCAAUCGAGUGGCAGCUCCUAUCGCGUCUCUCGCCGCUCCUACCAUAAGUUAUGCCGCCCCCGCCACAAGGUACGCCGUUCCCGCCCCAAGGUACGCCGCCCCCGUCACGAAUGUGCCGAUCGGAACUUACGCCGCUCCGUUGUUGGCGUCGUACGCCGCCCCGGUCGCGGCAUACGCUAUUCCUGUAGGUGGAGUUCCUUCCCGCGAUGCCGGAACCGUUGCCGGUGGCCUAUACUCCGCACCUCCAGCCAACUCGAACGGUACCGCCGACCAACUCGCUGCCGCCCCCGCUCGACCCGAAAUCACUCUGAUGGAGUCAGUUGCGCCAGCAGCUGCUGCUCCGGCCGGAAACAACGCUCGUUUAUUCAGUCAGGAUGCGGCUCCACCCUCGGAGAACAACGUCGCUCCGUCACAAUAUCCUCCGAGUUCAGCCCCCCAGUCGGGCGUCUCCGAUCGCGGGGUUCCUCCGCCGAUGUCGAUUGAUGCCAACGCUCGAUCGGCUCCGGCCUCGACCGACGAAAACAAUUCGAUGGGAAUGGUAGCCGCCCGAACACCAUCGGCCUACGCGACACCUCCGAACUUCUUCUUCCGGGGAGUUAAUUUCACUGCUCCUCAAUUCUCCUCGCCGUCUGCCCCUGCCGUCGCACCUUUCCUGUUCAAUACCCGCUUCGACUCAGCCAGAAUCGCUCCAGUUUCAGAUGCACCCGUCACUCCGGUCCCCGCUUUCGUUUCGACUGCUAGGAGCACACCUGCCGCUAGCGAGGCACCUGCAGCGAGACCGGCGGUUGCCGGUACAGCGUUCAAUGCUCCAUUCCCGUUCACCUACUCGUUCCCGGAGUCCAAUAUCGCCAUGAGCCAACAGCGAACCACACCUGCUCCAGUUGUCUCUGACGUAGUACCCACUACUCCUGCAGCGAGGCCAACUGCUCCAUCUGCAUCUGUUCGUUCGUCCGCUCCCUCGACCAGUGCUGUAAACGCCGCCUUCCCCGCCGGAACAUACGCCGGACCGGUGGCAGACUCUCCCGCAAACGGAACAGACUCCACCAGAGCGCCAGCAGCUGCUCCCGCAGCAGCCACCACCGCCGACCCACCUGCCGCGUUUUUCUCGUCACGCGGAGUUCCUUUUGAUCAGCAGCAGAUCGCUUUCGCUUCACAGCGGCUCCGAGCUCCGGUCUACGCUCCUGUGGCCGCUCACAGACUGGUCUAUGCCACAGCUCCUGCGCCGAUCGUACAUUCCCAGUACGCAGUCUACGCUCCGCUUGCGCAUUAUUCUGUGGGCAAUGCCCCUGGCAGUUCGAUUCUAACAAUAACUUAUUACCCUCACAUGCGAAAUCUGCACAUGACAACUUCAGUUGAGCGAGUACUGGCGCCUAUCAAGUCCCUGUUCGACAAGACAUGA